AUGGCGAAGAAGUCGUCAAAGGAGCUGCGAGAGCUGUACGAGGAGUGUUCGAGACACGUUGAAAACUUACGGUACCACAAGCAGGAGUUGCUGGGUGUAUCUGAGUUGUUCGUCGUCAACAUUCUGUCGUCUUGCUUGGAUCGUGAGACACGUGAGCAGUGGGAAGCUACCGUCAAGAAGGGUGAACUCCCGAAGUAUGCGCAGACGAUCGAAUUCUUGAAGCAGCGGUGCGCCAUCCUGGAACGGUGCGAGUUAGCUGCCCCUGCGUCGUAUGCGGUCCGGUCGGCAGUUCCCAAGGCGGUGCAGUCCUCGAAGCCAUCGGCGAAGAUCACCUCGGCAGCCGCGACAUCCAACGAGGCCGAGUGCGAUCUGUGUGACGGGUCUCACGCGAACUACAAGUGUGGCUCGUUCCGCGGCAUGAGUGUUGCGGAGAGAUGGUCGAAGGUGCGUGACGCGAGGCUGUGCUACAACUGCUUGCGCAAGGGUCACCGAGUUGGACAGUGUCCGUCGGAUCGAUCCUGUAAGUGCGGUGAGAAGCACCACAGCUUGUUGCACCAGGAGAAGAACCAGCAGCAAACCAAGCCGAAGCCAGAAGCGGCUCCGGUAUCAGCGAAGGCGCCGUCGGCAGUGUCAUCCGCCAGCGUGAAGGCUGGUCCCAGCGACACGGGUACGCCGGAAGUGAACGAUGACAACGAGCAGCAGGCAACUUCGUGCUUCAGCAGCGGAGCGCUGAAAUCACCGCAGCAGGUUCUGCUGCAGACAGCGAUCAUCAACGUGGCGGACAAGUCCGGCAGGUUCCAUCCGUGUCGAACGUUGUUGGAUUCCGGUUCCCAGGCGCACAUUUUGUCGGAGGCGAUGGCACGAACCCUCGGUCUAACCUUCGAAAAGUGCAACGUGACGGUCGUUGGAGCCAACGCAGUGAAGACGCAAGCAAAGAAGGGAGUCAACCUUACCUUCUCGUCGAGGUACUGUGAGUUCCAAGACAACAUCUCGUGCCUGAUUUCGGACAAGCCAACGGGACGGAUCCCGUCGGCAAGAAUCGAGGCAGCUGCUUGGCACAUCCCGAGUGACGUGUUCCUGGCAGACCCGAAGUUCAGCGAGCCGGACGAGAUUGACCUGGUCAUGGCGUCGAACUACGUGUGGGACUUGCUGCGAACGGAUCGAGUGAAACUGGCGAACGGCACCGUGACUCUGCGUGAAACCGAUCUGGGCUGGAUCGUGACCGGCGUGUACGACCCGUUCCAGCAGCUGAGUUGCCAAGUCGUCCACUCAAACAUUACGCUGAAGGAUCAGCUGAACAACGCCAUCGAGAAGUUCUGGCUGGUUGAAGAACUAGCAGACAAGCAACUUCAAACCAACGAAGAACAGGAAGUGGAAGAGCACUUUCGUGGCACCCACGGCCGUGACGGAAGUGGUCGCUUCGUCGUCAGGUUGCCAUUCAAGGACGAGGUUCUUGAGCUGGGCGACAACCGAGUCCAGGCGUUGAGGAGAUUCAACCUGCUGGAGCGCCGUCUGUCGCGCAACCCGGAACUCCGAGAGCAGUACACGGCGUUCGUCGAGGAGUACGAGGCGCUGGGUCACUGCAAGGAGAUUUCUGAGCAUCAAGAUUCACCAGAAGUGCGUAAGUACUACCUGCCGCACCACGCUGUGCUCAAACCGUCCAGUUCGUCUACGAAGCUGCGGGUGGUUUUCGACGCCAGCGCCAAGGCCGGCAAGUACUCCUGA